GCCGCGGACCUUCGGGUUCUCGCCUUCUUCCGCGAUUUGCCUAACCUACCUCGCCCCAUCGCCGCUGUAUAACCUAAUUCGCUCGCACGCAUAACAUAUUGCGACCUGAUUCGUCAUGCUGGCGCAAUCGGUCGCGCGGAUGACGCGACGGUGCCGUCGAUCGUGCAACAUCAGCCACGUUGAUCGCCAGCCCGACUGGUGCACGUGGCUCGCGUCGCGUCUACGGCGAUCGCGGCGAGGCACCACGAGUCCCCUGUUUUGGAGCGCUGCGUGUUUUUUCGAUUGUAGCAGCAUUAGCGGACUAUACGAGUCACAUAGCAUAUACAAAAUUAUACAGCAGCAUAAGUGCGAAGAUCGAGACCUCAAUCAUUCACGCCAGAAACAUAUAUCUUGAGAAAUUCAAGCAUUGCGACGGUGCAGAAGGGCUCUAUGUGCUCCACCGUGACUUGGGCGAAUGGUACUUUAGUUUUCAAGAGCUUGUUACUGUGGUAUCGCGAGAGGUGUAUUCAGACGGUUUGUAAUCCGGAGAUAAAACAGCAACAACAUGCUCAACGAGAUCCGGGCGGCGGUACUGUUCUUAGUACAGCUGAUCGAAAAAAGCGAAAAAUUUAGUCCCGAUCAAUUGGAAUGCUUCAAGCGGCACCUGGUCGAACUGCUGACGGAACGCUUUAAGAACCACUGGUUCCCGGACAAGCCGUUCAAAGGCCAGGGUUAUCGUUGCAUUCGCGUUAACGGUCACAAUCGUCGGGACGCGACUUUGGAGAGCGCUGCGAAUGCCGCUGGAGUCAAGUAUGAGGAUCUGGCACUGCCGGUGGAAUUAACGCUGUGGGUUGAUCCUAACGAGGUCUGCUGUCGAUUUGGUGAGAGUAAAGGAUCGUAUUGUACGCUGGCAUCAUUCGAAGACAAAGAGAACACUGUACCCAUCUUCCAAAGCGAACAUAAUGAAAAUGCAGAAAAUGAAAAGCAAGCCCACAUGGGGCCCAUCAAGAUACAGAAAUCCCCUCUAAACGCAAGCACAGAACAACAACAGCCAAAAUCAAAACCAUUAAGCAUCGCUAAUCAAAAUCAACAGCAUAGCAAUAACGGUACAGGUAAGAGGCGCAAUUUGAACAGUCCCAGGCUGCACCUGAACAGAAAUCGUUCCUGGUUCGGUCAUUCCUUCAACAUGGGUUACGGUCCUCAUCCAAUCAGCCAGCCAUGGUACAAUAUAAUGCCCCCGCAUUUCCUCGGUGGCCCUUCUCCGCCGCCCUUUAUAGGACACCGGGGGAAUAAAUGGGUACAUCAGCCCUCUUAUCCCGCAGGACCCGCCCGUUUCCACCAUUGGUCUCCCAAAGCUGCUCUUAAAGUAUAAAAAGAUUCGUUUUAAGAAAACAGUUAAGAAACCUGUUUCUUCUUGAAAAGAAAAAUAUGUGAUUGUUUUUCAGCAAAUACGUAAAUUAUAGUUUUAGUUCAAGAUAAAUCGUCGCUCACCAGAAUUUACUAUUAAAAGAAAUUUUAAUUAAGAUAUAUUCGCGAUAUAUAUGUUUGUAAAUGCAGGUAAUGAAUGUGUAUACAUUUUUAUAUUGGGAACAGGUUUGUUAACGCGUUGUUUUUGGAGCGACGAAAAUUAUCCAUCCUGUAAUUACAAAUGACCUUGUUCGAAAUACGACUAAGGCUUACGAUUUUUUAUGACGAGAGGUACCGCAUUAUUACAUGUUACGUAUAUAAUGAUAAAUUGGAGUAAUAAAUGUUUAACUCCGGAUGCAAGGUUGCUUGUAAAAAAAGAUAGAUUAGGGACAAUUUAAUUUAGUAUAGUAAAACGACGCAUUACUAUAUGCGCGAAAUGGAAAUAGGUGUCAUAUCAUGACGAGUUAUUUCUUUGAUCAAGUUUUUGAAAUAACUUAAACAUUAUUCAGAAAAUACGCGAUAUAUGUAUAUCGAGGAAUUAAAAAAAAUCUAUUUGUCUUUUUUAAUUAUUAUGUUAUUGCAAAAUCAGUGAAUCACACAUCUAUUUUGUUACAUUUCUAUUUUGUUACAUCUCUAUUGUUGUCCAAUCCGUUAUUAAAAUUGUAUAAUCGAAUUGGCGACGCCAUUUAUUUAAGCGUUAAUAGUUUAUAAUUAGAGGAGGAAUGCUCGGGAUAUUUCUGAAAGUUUUAAGAUUUGAUACGAUUAUUUUCGGUAUGAAAUAAAGUAUAUUUUAUAAUUUAUUUAUUAUUUUAUUACACAACGUAUUCUCACUCAUGCUUAAUAUUUUGAAGUUUAUUAAACAAUUUACUGAACCUCCUUCGGCAGUCAGCGAAACUUCCGAAAGCGGUACAGAAUGUUAUAUCCAUAGCUAUAUAUAAUCUGAAAAGAUUUACGUUGCACCGAGAAAAUAUUUAAAAAAAAUGAUACAGAUAAUAUUUGAAACUUUAUUUCAUGGCGGAAGAAACGUCCGUAUCGAGUUUUAAAACUCUUGAAAUUAUUCCCGUUAUUCGUCCCAUUAUAGUCUGAUUUGAACUAGACUAUAAAUAACCGGUUUUGUUCCGACUAAUGUUCGUUCUAUAGUAGGUUUUAU